ACCUAGCAUGCCGAGGGUUAAUAUGUGGGGUUUGGAUGCCCUCACGUAAUAUUUAAGUUGCCAGUGCAUGUUUGACAGAGCCAGGAAGUAAAUUUAUUUCCGGAUAAUGACAAGCAGGUCAUGUGGGUAUUAACAUUCUCAUAGCCGCACUCUUAGGAAUGGAAUAUCUGUGGAAGAGGACAUAAGUGAGGUUGUAUCUGGGCUCUUGAUAUUGCUGCUGUAUGUUUGACUCCUGUAAAAUUAGAAUUUUAAAAGUGUAGCAGUGUUAAUAAAGAUGGAACAAAAGUAUAGGGCCGAAUCCUAAAUUUAUGUAUACCGUUUACUCAUGGACAUGCUAUAUUUUUGCUGCUCCAAUAACCUGAACUUUGGUAGCAGGUUUAUGGUUGCAACCAUUAUUAUGAGGGUUUUUUCCAGGGCAGAGUACACCUUCACUUUCACUGAGGACUAUCCAGAGAACACUAUUGUAGUUUGUUCCCAAGAAGCGGACAAUGUAGUAGUGAUCUCAAAACCACUUACCAUAGCUGUGUGGGAAAUAUGUGCAGAAAAUGGUGUGUCACUAUUUUCUGGCUCCUCUGAUCGACUUUGGCAUGAUGGUGGUGGAAUUGUACCGGGCCAUGAAGGUGGUGGAAUGGUACCGGGCCAUGAAGGUGGUGGAAUGGUACCGGGCCAUGAAGGUGGUGAAAUGGGACCGGGCCAUGAAGGUAGUGAAAUGGGACCGGGCCAUGAAGGUGGUGGAAUGGUACCGGGCCAUGAAGGUGGUGGAAUGGUACCUGGCCAUGAAGGUGGUGAAAUGGGACCGGGCCAUGAAGGUGGUGAAAUGGGACCGGGCCAUGAAGGUGGUGGAACAGUAGAAAUGGAAGAGGAUGCUCACCCUCACAGUGAAGAUACUCCUCUAUCACUUGGCACUCAAGUUUCUGUUACUAGUUCAGAGUGCUUAGACGAGGAGUUCUAUGAAGACUAUGAUUGUUAUGAUCCAGAUAUGACAGAGGAGAAUGUAGUCCAUCCUCUACUGGAGAGAGAGCUUGACCUGGUGCAAGCUGUGUACGGUCAGAAUGCCCUCGAAACAAGAAUUCAUGGUGGAAUUGAUGAGAUGGACAUCUUUAUCAACAUUGAUCUCAACACUUUUCUGGAUGAGCACAUGGCCUCUGCAUGGGGAGUCAACGAGAGUCAGCCCCUGAUAAUCUUGCUGCACAUCCUGAGCAUCAGCAAGUAUUUGGAGGGUCUAGAACCCAAGGUGAAUGUGUUCCAAGUCAAGGACGAUGUGGCACCAACAGCCAGUGCUUAUGAUGCAAGCACUAAGAGACGCAAAAUUGGCAUCUCCAGCCAACUUGAAAAAAUUUUGCAGGCAUUUGUUUCGAAGCAGUGGCGAAAAAUCAGUGUAUCCACUGUUGAAAGAGCAAUGUCUGGUGAGACUCAUUCGUCCAAGACCCCAGAAACGCGUCACAUGGUGGACCCCAGGGAGGAUGCCAAGCUGGCCAAGCUGGUGGAGAUGGGGUUCAGGGCAGAGGAAGCCAGGGAGGCCCUCCACCAAUGCCGGGGAGAUGUGGAGGCUGCAUGUGAGCUCCUGGCCACCACUCCUUCUGCAGCUUCCUCGUCUGGUGGUGGGAGUGGCUUCCUCUCCUCUCUUGUCAGUUUUCUGCCGGGAUAUAUGCGACAAGACUCAAUGGGAGCCCAGUUGGAAGUGACGGAACACCAUGAUCCUGAG